AAUGUCAGACUUUUUUGGAACAAUUUAUGAGGCUAUCAAGGCUAUCACCGCCUAUUGGUCAUGGAAAAGAAAGAGUAUCGUGAAAACUUGGGAAAAUAAGUUUUCAUAUCUAGACAUCAAACCUCCAUGGCAAACUUCUUUUAACAUUGUUAGCAGAAUACUGGCCUGCAAGAACUUUGACAAUGUGACAAUGUCACAUUGUCAAAGCAUCAAACACCUAUUUUGAAAAUAACCUAUACAAUUUAAUUAAUUUGUUAUACAUUUAGCUGAAUCUAGAAUCAAGAAAACAUGCAUACGAUUGGGUUACCGCGCACAUGCCUCGGAUUCACAAACAUAUUGUUCUUUAUGUUCGGUUUGAUCGGGUUUGUGAUUUGCGUGUGGUGCGCAUUCAACACUGAAUUCUUCCGCGAUGUGAACUACACGGUGACGAAGAGCUCGAUGGUCGACGUUGUCGCCAAGUUCGUGAACAUGAAGCUGUGGCUGACCCCUCUCACGUCGAUACUGAUCCCAGUGGCCAUGCUAGCCAUGAUGACGUCAUGCUGCGGAGUGCUCGGCGCCGGCUGCAAAGUCAAAUGCGCGAUAAAAACAUACGUAUUCCUCGUCAGUGUGUUAUCUCUAAUCGCUUUUUGGUUGUUCUUCAUAACUGGAGUAUACAACAUUUACUCUAAUAACGACAGCACGCGAAAAUCUAUGAGACAGUCUAUACACAAAUACUAUGGCAAAGAAAACGAUUUGAUUACUUAUAUGUGGGACUACAUAAUGGUGAAGCACCAGUGCUGCGGUGCGGAUAGUUACAGAGACUUUUCUAAAAGUCAUUGGCAGACAUUGAACCCUAAGAAAAUAUAUCCGAUCCAAUGCUGUAAGCUCGCUAACAUAAGUAGCCUCGUGCCGGUGUCUAAGGAUUGCUCAGAGAGUCUCGAUCCCAAUAUACAGUCGAACAAAGAUAUGGGAUGUUUCAACGCUUUGCGCUCAGCUAUUCUCAUGAACAAAGGGAAGAUAAUCUUCUAUAUCAUUCUUAUAGCUUUCGUUUAUACGAUAUUGACGACAUUCGCGUACUGCAUUAUUCGUGGGGAACCGUUGUUGGGGUCAAUGGCAGGGCAGUUCACAGAGCUACUGCCUUCGAAACCUCGGGAAGGGGUAAAUAUGAUUAUUCCAACACCUGCAUCUCUUAACGACAUGGUGUAUGUUGAGGAGCCGCCUAAGAAAGUGGUGAAAGUAGUUUCGGCAGCAAACCCCUUCCAGUCGUACAAGUUUACUCCGAACGCCUACAAUCGUCCUGAAGAUUUUCGCGCACAUACCAUGAGAACGUAGUUGUAUAUAUUAUUCAAUAUAAAUUUUCAAUUUAGUCUCUGUGUUUCUUUUUCUCUUAACUUUGAACUCGAUAAGGUAAUUUGCUUUCUCAUUUAGAUAAUGAGCUGUGGUAUGUAUGAUCAACCAUUUAGCCUAUGUGUUGAUUGCCUUCUUGUGUUUUAGAUUUGAUUCAAACUUAUUUUCAUUUUUAAGAAUCUCUCUCUUCAAUAUUUUACUGUGAGCAGCAUAGACAUACAAAAUAUGAAUUUCGUUUCUUUCGUUAAUGUAGCCAAUGCAAAAACGGCCUUUUUUGUUACAAUUUCAUUAAAAGGGCUAAUGAUAUUAUUCCAUUAUUGUGAAAAAGAAUACACUACACUAUAAACCAUUUCACCUUAAUCAGUUUUUUUUUUCGCAUCGUCAAAUGCGUUAAUUCGGUAGUUACAAAGACAAGACCAAAAAAUUUACACCUAUUGGUGGCCUAGUGGGUAAAAGACCAACCUCUCAAGUACGAGGGCGCGGGUUCGAUCCCAGGUCAGGCAAGUACCAAUGCAACUUUUCCAAGUUUGUAUGUAGUUUCUAAGUAUAUCUUAGACACCAUUGACUGUGUUUCGGAUGGCACGUUAAACUGUAGGUCCCGGCUGUCAUUGAACAUCCUUGGCAGUCGUUACGGGUAGUCAGAAGCCAGUAAGUCUGACACCAGUCUAACCAAGGGGUAUCGGGUUGCCCGGGUAACUGGGUUGAGGAGGUCAGAUAGGCAGUCGCUUCUUGUAAAGCACUGGUACUCAGCUGAAUCCGGUUAGACUGGAAGCCGACCCCAACAUAAUUGGGAAAAGGCUCGGAGGAUGAUGAUGAUGGUGGCCUAGUGGGUAAAGAACCAACCUCUCGAGUAUGAGGCCGCGGGUUCGAUUCCAGGUCAGGCAAGUACCAAUGCAACUUUUCUAAGUUUGUAUGUACUUUUUAAGUAUAUCUUGGACACCAACGGCUGAUAAAAAGGUGAAGAAACAUCUUGAGGAAACCUGGACUGUAUAGUCUGAAAUUACCAACCCGCAUUGAGCAAGUGUGGUGAUUAAUGCUCAAUCCUUCUCCAUGUGAGAGGAGGCCAGCAGUGGGACGAUACAAAGGCUGUAACAGUAACA